GUCGCAUUGAUGGCAGUAGAAAAAAAAUAAAUUAUAAAAAUUUGUUGGAGAACUGAUUAUUUUUAUAAUUUAUAUUUUAUAUCUGUUUUUCACUUGAUAUUUUCGUAUUACAUGAGUGGUACUUUGUUAAUUCGCGUGUGAAUUAUUUACUUUCUGUUCCUGAUUCUGAAUUCCUAGCUUUCCGCGAUGAAUUUAAUGGAGAAAUGGAAAAAAUUCUUCUGCGAUGCUGGUAUUCCAGCUUCGGAUGCUGCUACGUACGCGUAUAAAUUCGCCCAUAAUAGAAUACAAACCGAUAUGUUGACCGAUUUGAAUAAAGACUACCUGAAAGAUAUGGGCAUCACGAUUAUGGGCGAUGUUAUAGCAAUUCUUAGACAUUCCAAACAUGUCUACGAAGAGCUUCAGAAAAACGGUAAAACUGAUUUACAAGAUGACCCUAAAGAAACUCGUAAAGAUAAGGAGACUUCUGCGAAAAAUUUCAAACCCCAGUCUGAACCAGUCGCUAAAAAAGACUCGAAACCAGCUGCCAAAACUGCCCCCUUGAAUUCAUCUCAGAAAAGAAAACUCGAGCCUAGUUCAGUGGCAAAUAAAAAAGUCGCCGUUGAAAAACCAAAGAAAACGAUUCAGUCGGUUCUGAAUAACGAAAACAUAGAAGAAUGCGAAGAUUUGGGUUACGUUAUGAUCGAUACGUCCAAAAAGACCUCCCUCGCUCAGAAAUUAACCGGUGUAGAAAAGCAACUCAAAACAACGGCCGUUAAAAAAGAAGAAAAACUGCCCAGAAGGAUGGAGGAUAUUUUCAAUAUGUCCGAAGACGACGACGACGAUGAUGAUAAUGUCGAAGUUAUCAUCAAUGAUCCCAUAGUUACCCCAUUCGUUGGCUAUAAACGGUACCCUACGAAUGAUACUUCGUUCGCCAAAUUCAAAGAAAACUCGAAAUCAGCUAAUCUACAAACAGACCCUAGUAAAAGGACGGUUUUCAAAAGGCUUGGAGAAGAUAUCUCGCAACAUUCUGUCACAAGUACCACCGCUUUUGAAGAUGAAGAACAGGCCAUUACGUUGAAAAAAUUCAAGGAGGAUGCAGUCAAAACGUUACAAGAUAAAAAUUCUGUAUUCCAUCGAUUAGGACAGAAAUGCGAUGUCACAUCAACUUCAAUAGACGCUACGGAGAAAUUUUUAGAAGAGGAUAAAAAAGUAGAAAUUAAAGUAGAUUCACUGGAGACAGCGAAAACUAAAACGAAAUCUAUCACGAGAACUACCAAAGUUGCAAUCAAUAGAACGGUGAAGACAAAAGAAGAACGUAAACCACCCCCAUUGAUGGCGUCUUUUAACAUCAAACCAACAUACACGGAAGGAAUUCUAGGAAAUUCCCGUAAAGAACACAAGCUCAGUUUAAAAGAUCGUCUAGGUACAUCGAAGUCUAAAGAUAAGAGCAUUAGAAAUAGAAUAACCGACGGUGAAUUACGAACUCGAAAGUCGUUCCCGAACGACGACUACUGUAAACAAUCACGUGGACCAGUCAUCAACACUAAGAAAAAAGUUAGCUUCGGAUCGGUAUCGGAGAAAUUAAUACCGAGCAGAGAAGAAGCCAUUAAAAACGGUGAACUUAGUUUAGCAAACGAAAGGGUUAGCGUUUUUGAUAGAUUAGGAUUCAAUCGAACGUAUUAGUUUGAUACAAUGGUAAUUUUCACUUUACCGUUAAAUAUAUUAACAUUAUUUAUACCGCUUAUAGAAAAUUUGUUUUACUCGUAUGUAAUUUAUUGGGCUAAAUUAUUAGCAUUUUGAACUUCGAAGCCCCUUUCCACGUACGAAGUUAGAAAUUGUUUUAUGUUUUUUUCCUCUCGUCGUCGUCAUCAUCGUAUUGUAAAUAUUUUCAUUCAACUUAUAUAGAGAUUUAUUUUGUUGACUAAUUAUUUCUCGCUUGAGAUUUUUUUUUUGAUACAUUAAUUUAUGCAUUGUUUGCGAAGUCUAAAUUGUAAAAUACUAUUUUCGAAAAAUUGUUGAGAUUAUCUGAACGUACUGACUUAUUAAUUUCUCAUUUUUACCUCUGUAAUUUAAUGAUGAUAAAUGCGAGGAUUUUUUUUUCUCUUUUCUGAGUAGUAUUCUUUGCCGAAUACCUAAUUAUUUGAGGUAUUUUGUUCUUUCUUUGUAUUAAAAAAAAAAAAAAACGUGCUUGUGUAAUUAUUCUGACUUUAUUUUAAUCAUAUCAUCCGUAAUGUAAUUAAUGUAAUAAAUAUGUUGCAAUAUUGA